AACUUCUUUGACCAAUGGUACGUACUACAGUCGAAUCAUGUCUUUCCGGUACUUGUAUGUGUGUGUAAAUAUUCUUCCGGUAGGGACCGCGGUACCGACAGUAAACGGUAACCAGCAACGAUGAAGUUCAACCGUCUCGUUACAUCCUCGCGUAGAAAAAAUCGAAAACGGCACUUCACAGCGCCUUCCCACAUUCGUAGAAGGCUCAUGUCAGCGCCUCUUUCGAAAGAACUUCGACAAAAGUACAAUGUUCGUAACAUGCCGAUCCGCAAGGAUGACGAAGUUCAGGUUGUUCGCGGUCACUACAAAGGCCAACAAGUAGGCAAAGUCGUUCAAGUGUACAGAAAGAAAUUUGUCAUAUACAUAGAAAGAAUACAACGUGAAAAGGCGAACAGUGCUAAUGUGUACGUUGGUAUCGAUCCAUCUAAGACUGUUAUUGUAAAAUUAAAGAUGGACAAGGAUCGCAAAAAGAUCAUAGACAGGCGAAGUAAAGGCAGACUCGCGGUGUUGGGUAAGGACAAGGGAAAAUACACGGAAGACUCGACCGCAGCCAUGGAAACUUCGUAAAUUUUGAUCGUAUUUCGUUUGUGUAUUUCAAUAAAAACAGCAUUGAAAUCAA